CGUCACGCACGGCAUUAAAGCAGUCGGAUGACGUCACGCGCCGCCGCUGCACCACGCAAUGGACCAUUGCUACCGCCGCUGGAGCGGGGGCCACGUGGGUGCGGUGCUGUGCGUGACCCCCACCGGUGACGGUGCCGGUGACACCGCUGGUGGCGGUGGCGGUGGUGGUGGUGGUGGUGCGUGGGGCGGCGUGGCGGCCGCCGUGUCUGGCGGCGAGGACGGCCGCGUGUGCCUGUGGAGCGCCGAGGGCUGCCCGGUGGCGGUGACCGCCCUGGUGGUGGGCGGUGGUGGCGGUGGUGGCGGUGGUGGCGGCGGUGCGGUCGCGGUGACGGCCUUGGCCGUGUCGGACCGCGACGGCCACUCGCUGUUUGCGGCGCACGGCGGCGGCGUAUCCCGGCUGGACGCACGCUGCCUCGACAUCAACCACCCCGUGGCGCGCUACGAGCUGUGCCGCCCGGCCGUCGGGCCGCGGCGACGACGACUACUCGGAGGGGAGGAGGGCGACUACGAGGAGGGCGACUACGAGGAGGAGGAGGAUGACGAGGUGAACUCGGUGGCGCUGAGCUGGGACGAGCGGCUCCUGGUCGCCGGGGACGACCGGGGAGCGGUCAGCGUCGUCCACCUCGACGAGGCGGAGGUGGAGGUGGAGGAGGAGGAGGUGGAGGAGGUGGAGGAGGUGGUGGAGGAGGUGGAGGAGGUGGUGGAGGAGGAGAGGGGAGAGCGACGCAAGGCGUGGCAGCGCUCCGUCCUGGCUCACAGCAACAUCUGCUCAGACGCCAGAUUCCUCCGUCACAGAGGAGGCGACAGAGGCAGCAUCAUCUCUUGUGGUCUGGACAUGCAGGUGGCGUGCUGGGACGUGGGCUCCCUGCGUGAGCGCUGGCGCGUCGACCUGCCACGCUGCUCCACCUCCACCUCCUCCACCUCCUCCACCUCCACCUCCUCCUCCACCUCCGCGGGGCCCCUCGGCCAGCUGGUCAACCCCCCGCUGGCGCACUGCCUGGCCGUGACGGACGGCGCUGGUGCUGGUGGCGGCGCCGGGCCGCUGUGCGCCUGUGGGGCCGGAGACGGCUCCAUAUACCUUCUCCGCCCUCCUGCCGGUGGCGGUGGCGGUGGUGGCGGUGGUGGUGGUGGCGGUGGUGGCGGUGGCGGCGGUGGCGGUGGCGGUGGCGGUGGUGGUGGUGGUGGCGGCCGCAGGAGGCAGAGGAGGAGGGGGAGGGGGGGGUGGGGGGGGGCGUGGAGCACCACCAGGAUCGCGGGGGCGCACGCCUCCGCCGUGGGGCAGGUGUGCCUGCUGAGUGACGUGUCUGGGCUGUCGCUGCGUCUCCUGUCCGGCGCCAACGACGGCCGCGUCUGCCUCUGGGACCUGGGGGGGGAGGGUGGUGGUGGUGGCGGUGGUGGUGGCGGUGGUGGUGGCGGGGGUGGUGGAGGUGGUGGCGGUGGUGGUGGUGGUGGUUGUGGUGGUGGUGGUGAUGAAGAUGGUGACGGUGGCGACCUCCCGCAGGGGCAUCGUGGGAGCAGGGUCAAAGGGCGGCGACGCACCAAGAGAGGGGCCACGGCGGCGAUCGUCGCCCCCACGGCGGCCGUGGAGAGCCGGCGCUGGCGGCCCGUGGUGACGCUGGCGCACGGGGCCAAGGUGAACGGCCUGGCCGCGCUGGCGCCGGGCCCACGCCGCGGCCCCGCGGGGCUCACCGUGCUGGUGGCCGACUGCGGGGAGGAGAUCACUGCCUACGUGGUGCGCGGGUGAUCACACGGGGACACGGAGACACGGAGAUACAGAGACGGAGACACGGACGCGGAGACACGGACACGUGACCACGUGGACAUGGAGACACAUGGUGCGCGGGUGAUCACACGGGGACACGGAGACACGGAGAUACAGAGACGGAGACACGGACGCGGAGACACGGACACAUGGACACGGGACCAUGUGGACACGUGACCACGUGGACAUGGAGACACGUGGUGCGCGGGUGAUCACACGGGGACACGGAGACACGGAGAUACAGAGACGGAGACACGGACGCGGAGACACGGACACGUGGACACGUGACCACGUGGACAUGGAGACACAUGGUGCGCGGGUGAUCACACGGGGACACGGAGACACGUACGCGGAGACACGGACACAUGGACACGUGACCACGUGGACAUGGAGACACGUGGUGCGCGGGUGAUCACACGGGGACACGGAGACACGGAGAUACAGAGACGGAGACACGGACGCGGAGACACGGAGACACGGACACGUGACCACGUGGACAUGGAGACACGUGGUGCGCGGGUGAUCACACGGGGACACGGAGACACGGAGAUGCGGAGACACGGACACGGAGACGCGGAGACAGGUGGACACGGAGACACGGAG